UAUAAGGAGGACUGUGUUUGGGCUUUCCUCAAGGCACCUACAGGUUGUUCUGCUCCAGAAAUUUCUCACCAUGAACUCCGUCUGGGUGCUGUCCUGCUUCAGCCUGCUGCUGGUAGCUGCUACCGGUCAGGCACCAAAACCCUGCUUUGCUCCAGAACUGUUGACUGGUGGCGUUACUGUGACGACUGCAGAUGGACUAAUGGUGACAUCAGGAAUAGUUGCCUACGACGCUCUGGGACAGAGGCUGCGGGCCAGACACUAUGGCAACUUCGGGAAUCUUACUGUGGCAGUGGACGAGCUGAUGCUCUACAACCAGGAGGUCAUGUAUGAAAUCAACUGGAGCGCUGAGAAGUGCAGGAAGUUGCCUCUGGAUACCUACUUCAUGCCCAUGCAUGUUCCUGAAGACGCUUUGCUGCUCGGUCAGACGUUCCUGGGCUCCAGCUCCUCUUGGGGGAUGGGUCUGCUGACCAACACCUGGGUGGGGCAAUUUCCCAAUAACGACACGUAUUCAUCCACCUUCACUGAGUUCGGCUGCCUUCCUGUGACUUUGACACACUACUCUCCAAAAUCAGGAUGGACCACCAUCAGCACCUACAACUGGGUGAUUGGGUUGUCUAAUCCACAGGAUUUCUUCGUUCCUCCUUUCUGUGACGAAGCAAAAAUGGAGAAAUUUGUCAAGCCGCAAAACUUCUUCUCUGCCAUGGGGUCCCUGGCCAUGACAGUGCAGUCUAUGAAGUGAGCAGCAGGAUCUUCUUAAAAUUUUCAGAUGAUGUUUUCCUGACUGCUGACGCUGUCUAGGAAAUGCUACCAAUAAAAACGUUCAAAUAGAAAUAAAAUGAAACACG